UAAGAUCUAACAGGAAGACAAAAGUCAAGACUGAUAAGUUUCCAACACACUGCAAAAACCAGCUGUAGCAUUGUAGUUUGAUGUGAUUAUUAUAGAAAUCUGCAUCCUUACUACGAGUUCUUCUGCAUAUUCUGAUCACCUCUCUCCCGCUGGGUUGCUGUUUUAUCAUUUGUGUCUGUUUUUGAACUCUAACAGGCAUUUUCCGCCUGCUGUCACGUAACCGUUCUACACUGCAAAACCUGCUUGAUUUUAAUCUUAUCUUUUUGAUUCAGUUCAGCUCAGACACCUCUGCAAAACGCCUUGUAUUGGAUUCUUAACAGACACAUCACAUUGUGCUUACAGUCGUUGUUUUAACAAUGAAUUCAAUUCUACUCCCCUCAAAAAAAACCUAAAGUUUUCCUCCUCUAAAGAAAAAACGUACAAACUCGAGUUUCUAAAGCAGAGGGAAUGAUCUAGAACCAAAAAGCACCUGUUCAACGGAAGAGCAAGAUGCUGGAGAAAGGAGGCUGUGAGGGCGGACUGCAACUUCCUGUUGUGGUUUUUGUCACCAGUGUCGAUCUGCAACUUUCAUGCAGGCAGUCUCAAAGUGUGGGUGCUUCUUGUUAAAUAUCUCAUCCAGACAUAUGAUGCCUCACAGCUCAUCCGUGUAGAGCCGACAGUCCUGAAAAAACACUGUAAACUACAGAAAUUCUCAAGGUGUAACGUAAAGGGAGGAAGAAAAAGAAGAGUCUCCCAGUUCCCACCAUGUCCAUCGAGCCGGCGACCGAGCUGCCUUUUUUCUACGGCAGCAUCAGCCGCUCAGAAGCCGAGCAGCACCUGAAGCUGGCCGGGAUGUCCGACGGGCUCUUCUUGUUGCGACAGUGUCUCCGCAGCCUGGGAGGCUACGUCCUGUCUGUCGUGUGGAACCUGGAGUUUCACCAUUACUCCAUAGAAAAGCAGCUUAAUGGGACUUACUGCAUCAUAGGAGGGAAGCCUCACUGUGGGCCUGCAGAACUCUGUGAGUUUUACAGCAAAGACCCUGAUGGGCUUGUGUGCCCCCUGAAGAAACCCUGUCUGCGGCCCCCGGAUACGCCGAUACGAGCCGGCGUGUUCGACAGCCUGAGAGAAAACAUGCUGAGGGAAUACGUAAGGCAGACCUGGACCCUGGAGGGAGAAGCCAUGGAGCAGGCCAUCAUCAGUCAAGCUCCUCAGCUGGAGAAACUGAUCGCCACGACGGCCCAUGAGAAGAUGCCUUGGUAUCACGGUAAAAUCUCCCGCCAGGAAAGCGAGAGGCGGCUUUAUUCUGGAGUACAACCAGAUGGCAAGUUUCUAGUGAGAGACAGAGAUGAGUCAGGCACGUUUGCUCUUUCAAUGAUUUAUGGGAAAACAGUGUACCACUAUCAGAUCCUCCAAGACAAGUCAGGGAAGUUCUCCAUGCCGGAGGGAACAAAGUUUGACACAAUCUGGCAGCUGGUUGAAUACCUGAAGAUGAAACCUGAUGGCCUGGUGACUGUUCUCGGGGAGGCGUGUGUCAACGGCAAAGCUGCUGGAAAGACACCCAGUCUGCCUGCAACGAGGCGACCUGGUGCAAAUCGAUACACACCGCCACCUGGAGCAACCGCUGUACCUGAAGAUCGUGACGUGCUGCCAAUGGACUGCAAGGAAUUCAACCCGUACCACAACCCGAAUGAAGUGAGGAGGUUUAACAUUAAGAGGACUCAGCUGCUGAUUGAUGAGGUGGAGCUCGGCUCUGGGAACUUUGGCUGCGUCAAGAAAGGAGUCCUCAAGAGUGAAACGGGCCAGAAAGACGUGGCCAUCAAAGUGCUGAAGAGUGAAAAUGAGAAGCUGGUGAAGGAGGAGAUGAUGAGGGAGGCAGAGAUCAUGCACCAGCUGGAUAACCCCUUCAUCGUUCGCAUGUUGGGUCUGUGCAACGCUGAAAACCUGAUGCUGGUCAUGGAGAUGGCCUCUGCAGGGCCUCUCAACAAAUUCCUCUCCAGCAAUAAGGAUACUGUAACUGUGGAGAACAUUGUCAACCUGAUGCACCAGGUGUCGAUGGGAAUGAAGUAUCUGGAGGAGAAGAACUUUGUGCACAGAGACUUAGCAGCUCGUAAUGUCCUGCUGGUCAAUCAACAGUUCGCCAAAAUCAGUGACUUCGGGCUCUCCAAGGCUCUGGGAGCAGACGACAACUAUUACAAGGCUCGUACUGCAGGUAAAUGGCCACUGAAGUGGUACGCUCCAGAAUGUAUAAACUUCCACAAAUUCUCCAGUAAAAGUGACGUGUGGAGUUUUGGUAUCACCAUGUGGGAGGCCUUUUCCUACGGAGGGAAACCUUACAAGAAAAUGAAAGGACCAGAGGUGAUGCGCUUCAUUGAUGCUGGGAACCGCAUGGAGUGUCCGGCAGUAUGUCCAGAGCGAAUGUAUGCGGUGAUGAAAGAAUGCUGGACGUACAAGCAUGAGGACCGUCCUGACUUCAAGAAGGUUGAGGAGUCCAUGAGGUCUUACCAUUACUCCAUAUCGACCAAGGCCAAGCCUGAGGGAGCUGAAGCCGCUGCUGAGCCUGUCAAGUAGACAGAAACAAGGCACAUUCUGUCCCAGUGUUGCACAAAGCAUCCUUUCAACUGGCCAUUAAACAACCAAAACAAAGAGCUUUUUAUGAACAGUGCGCACUGACCAGCUUCGACUACAGUACCAAUACAGCCAAACAGGCCUCAGUGACAAUAAAUGUGCAUUUGUAAAUUGGACUUCAGUGUGUCAGCCAUGUAAGGAGGACCUCUGUCUGUCUGUCAUUCAUGUUUGAAUGUUAAGUGUUGACGUCGUUACAUUGAUGGACAAACUAAUUUUAUAUUCCGGUAUUUAGUACAUGUGUAAGUUGUUGUUUUUUACUGUAUCUCUACUCUACCCACGAGUAGUUUAUUGUUUUUUUUUAAUGAUCAAAUAAACUAUAAGUAGAGUGAA